AUGGGUAAGGGCUACAUAGGGCCAAAGCCCUCGUACUUUUUGCCUUCGCACUUCGACUACCCGCCAGAUGUCCCAGUCAAGUUAGGCAAUCUUAUCACGGACUUGGACGAUCCCGGAAACCCCCUCAACCAAACCGACUUCGUUCCAUUCAAUGAGGGGAUGCAGAUCCCCGUCACCGAGGUCAAGAAGUUCAAAGGCGGGGUCAAGAACAGCGACGAUGAAGAACUCAGUCUUCUCGCCAAAGCAAUCUACCAUAUUGGAUUGAAAGCCCGCCUGAAGAUGACCGAGUCCCACGCACGCGUCUUCUCGGCGACCCUGUCCCGCCUGCAGACGCAAGCCAUCAUGCCCGAUGACGAUUACGUCGAGAGGAGCAUGAUGACGGCUGAGGUGCAGAGGAAGCUGAAGAGCAGACCCGUCUUUCGCAAGCCCGUCUUCAUGAUCACGGCGCUCAAGAUUGCCUACCCGGAGCAGCGGCCGCCGGAGGAGGACGACGACGGUGAGAAGACGCUUGGAGGCUCCACUGCGAGUGGCAACGAGGACGCGCCCAGCGAUAUCAUCCGGACCGAGCAGGACGACCAGUCUACGCUGGAAGGUUCCGUCGAAGCAAACGGCGACGGCGCCGGGGUUCCUGGCGCGGUAGAAGCGAAGGGCAGGAAGGAGCACAAAUCCAGCGUUCCGGCUUCCUUUGUCCCGGUGACGCCGUUUAUCUACGCGUUUGCGGUGCGCCAGUGCUUUUACAGCUGGAAGAAGAAGCCGCAGGGGCAUCGUCCUUACACGAAAGGGGCGCUUGCCUCCUACGACUUUACGGGUCGUACCAGCGCGGCUACAAUUUUGAAGGAUGAACAAGAAGAUCCCGAGGAAAUGGAUUUCUCGUUUCUCGAGUUUGCAGAGGACACUGUCCAUGCCGAUCAGUUGGGGGAAGCGGCCGAAGCGUUUGAGACGCUGAAUUUGUUGGACGACGAGGACGAAGGCCCUUGUCAGCUGGCCAUUGGGAAGAGCACAUAUCAGACAGAAGAGGAGUGA